AUGGACAAGUCCCUCCUGCUGGGGCUCCCUGUCCUCCUCUGCUGCUUUCGAGUACUGUGCGGGUCAUUUGCAGCAGACCGAGAACAUGGAAUGGAUGAACUAUCUGUUGAUGAUCGCCAUUUACCUGAAAUUAUUCAGUGUAGGACGUGCCACAUCCAGUUUCCAAGACAGAAGUGUUCCAGAGGCAGAGGACUAUGUAUUGCAGUGAAAGAAGAGGCUUGCACAACUGGGAAGAUUUUCAAAAAUGAUGGCACUCUCUGGUUAACCUUCAGGGGUUGCCUAAAGAACUGCGCUAACGUGAACAACAUAAAGUGGAGCGUCUACCUGGUGAACUUCAGGUGUUGCAGGAGCCAUGACUUGUGCAAUGAAGACAUCUAG